GGCAAACGUGACGGUCACCGACCUGGAGGAGCUGCAGGAGCUGUUGGUGGUCAAUAUAGAGAACAACAAACAUCUGGUCACAGGGUCAGUCCGAGCCAAGGUACUGAAAUGGGGUGAAGAUGUAACAGAGUUUCAGCCUCCACCCGAUUAUAUACUAAUGGCUGAUUGCAUUUACUAUGAGGAGUCGUUAGAACCCUUGCUGAAGACACUGAAGGACCUUACUGGCCCCGAUACGUGCGUCUUGUGCUGUUACGAACAGAGGACUAUGGGAAAGAACCCUGAAAUUGAGAGGAAAUACUUUGAGCUGCUUCAGGUGGACUUUGAGCUGGAAAAAAUCCCCCUGGAGAAGCACGACGAGGAGUACCGCAGCGAGGACAUCCAUAUCGUGACUAUCCACAGGAAGCCGACGGCCGACGACGGCAGAAAACGGAACCAGAGCUUCGCCCAGAGCGGCGCUGGACGCAUGUUGGCGUUACCUCUGCUGGGCGGCCGCGCGUCCGAGCGGCGGGCGGCUCACGGCAGCUCCAAGGACGCCCCACCGAAGGCUCUCUGCCUCUCGUCGCUGCACAGCGAUGGCUUUGACAUUGAAUUUCGAAGGAAAUCUCGCUUCUGCUCCAUCGUGGGAGCGACCGUGGCUGCCUGUGCCAGCCCACAGCCCCGGCUGCGUGCUCGGGGGGCAGAGAGCGAGCCGUCCUGCUCCGCCUGGGUGGCGACAGCCUCACGUUCGCGCUGCCCACGGCGCACCCGCGCGUUUUUGGGACCUGGCCUGAGCUCGGCCUCUCCAGUGAGAGCAUUCCUGGCGAACUCCACACUUCCUAAAACGCUGUCCCGGCUUGCGCAGCGCAACAGCGAUGAUGAGUGA